AUGAAGCUGCUCGCCGCAUUGCUGCUCUCGUGCGGCUUUCUCUCUGCGACAGCUGCGAACACCACAGCUAAAGAGCCAGCUGUACAGAUCCUACCGAAGAACUUCAGGCCGCCGCAGGUCUUUCAGAAUAACAAUCUGGUCCGUAUAAUCAACCUGGAGAAAAGCUAUGCGCGGGAGUCGAUCAAUGUUGUGAUCCAAAAUGUCGACAACAAGCCGCAGUCAGAGUACUAUGUGGCCUUUCCGGCAGACACCAUCAGCAGAGUCGGAGGCCUUGAGGGAUGGCCGAAGGACUCGGUAGAGAAGAAGAAGUUCAGAGUCACUUCGACACAGGAGCUUCCUUCAAGCUCGCAUCAAUUCUACAUCGUACACCUCCAUCAACCUCUCGAGCCCUCUGCAAAGCUGACCAUUACUCUAUCAUACCACCUACAAUCUGCUCUUACUCCUAUUCCCGCCGCCAUUGAGCAGGAUGGCAAGCAAUACCUCUCUUAUACAUUUCCCCAAUUCGUCCCAUCCGCCUAUACCACCAACAAGCAGAAAACGACCGUCAAAUUCCGUGGAUCAGAUAUCCCGGAUUACACCAAGACUUCUACGCUCAAGGCUGAGGAGGAUCCCAAGCGUGAGGGUAGCACCUUUACUUACGGCCCUUAUGACCUGGAAGUCAAGCCAGGUGCUAGUGCACCUAUCACGGUUCGUUACGAGUACACCAGACCCGUCGUUAUCUGCACACGCCUCGAACGUGAUAUCGAAGUAUCCCACUGGGGUGGUAACCUGGCGACUGAAGACCGAUUCUGGUUUAGAAACGAUGCAGCCAAACUAAAUAAGCAGUUCUCGCGGGUUGAAUGGACAAAGAAACAGUUUCAUAACGCACCAAGCGUAGCCUUAAACCUGAUCAGAGUACCACUUGCUCCAGGAUCCGUGGACCCUUACUUCAUUGAUGACAUCGGAAACGUCUCAACCAGCCGAUUCCUCCCAUCAACCGAGACCCGUCCCGGCCUUCUGGACCUGAGGCCACGUUACCCUAUCUUUGGUGACUGGAAGUACAGCUUCAAGAUUGGCUGGAACAACCCGCUCUCUACUGUUCUACGUAAGCAGAAAAACGGUAGCGGGGAGUCCUACGUGCUUAAAGUGCCGUUUAUUGAUGGACCAAAGAUGCCAGAGGGCGUGCAGUACAAGGACCUUGAAAUCCGCAUCAUUCUCCCCGAAGGGGCGGAGAAUGUAAAGUAUGAAAUUGUUGACGGAUUAGGAAUUCCUAAUCACAUCCGCUCCGAGAUUUCCUUCUUAAAGACCUUUUUAGAUACCAAGGGAAGGACAGUCCUGAACCUCUCGGCAUCCAAAGUUGGAGAUGAAGCAAAGGAUGGUUAUCUAAUUGUAACAUAUGACUACCCCUUCUUCGCUUCCUUUAGAAAACCACUGAGCAUUUUCGGCGCCAUAAUUGCAGUCUUCACUGCCGCAUGGGUCCUUGGCAAUAUUGAUGUUAGCAUUAAAAAGAGGUAG